GAAAAGGAAAAAGAAAAUAGAGUUAAUGAAGUGAAAACUACGGCAGUGUGAAAAGGGUGGGAGAGAGAAGAGAAGAAUCUAAAAGGGAAGCAACCUUUCCAUUUCCUCUUCUUCAUCUGCAAUACCACAAAGAAACUUGAAUCAACCUCGCCUAGGUUUUGUUCCGGUCACAUAGGCACAAGCAUACACACAAUUUCUGUACUUCUUCUGACGUUCAGAGGGAAGCGGAGCGGGCUAGUGUUGGCCGGAACGAUGACCGGAGGCGGAUCGACGGGAAGGAUGCCCACGUGGAAGGAGAGGGAGAACAACAAGAGGAGAGAUAGAAGACGGAGAGCGAUUGCUGCCAAGAUCUACGCCGGCCUUCGAGCUCAGGGUAACUACAAGCUUCCCAAACACUGCGACAACAACGAGGUCCUCAAGGCUCUCUGCUCAGAAGCUGGUUGGAUCGUGGAAGAAGACGGCACUACCUACAGAAAGGGAUGCAGGAGACCCACGGGAAGUGAGAUUGGAGGCACUCCACCCAACAUAAGCGCGUGUUCUUCGAUUCAGCCAAGUCCACAAUCUUCGUCAUUCCCGAGUCCAGUGCCUUCCUACCACGCUAGUCCAACCUCUUCCUCCUUCCCCAGCCCCACUCGCAUUGACGCAAACCCCUCUUCCUUUCUCAUCCCAUUCAUCCGCAACAUAACUUCAAUCCCCGCCAACCUUCCCCCUCUCAGGAUAUCCAACAGCGCCCCUGUCACCCCACCUCUUUCCUCUCCCCGAACCUCCAAGCGCAAGGCUGACUUCGAUUCCCUCUCCAACGCUUCCUUCCGCCACCCUCUUUUCGCCACCUCCGCCCCCUCCAGUCCCUCGCGCCGCCACCACGUCGCGACUUCCACCAUCCCCGAGUGCGACGAGUCCGACGCUUCCACCGUCGACUCUGCCUCCGGCCGUUGGGUUAGUUUUCAGGGCCAGACCGCCGCCGGUCCCCCUUCCCCUACCUUCAACCUCAUGAAACCCGCUAUACACCAGAUCCCUGCUCAGGAGGGCGUACAGUGGGGUUCCGUUGCGGAGAUAGGCAGAGGAGUGUCCGAUUUUGACUUCGAGCAUGGAAGAGUGAAGCCUUGGGAGGGUGAGAGAAUACACGAGGUGGGAAUGGAUGAUUUGGAGCUUACUCUCGGAUUUGGAAAAGCUUGAUUUGUUCUCGACAACCACCUUAAAGAAUUACAGAUGCAAUUGCAAUCCCCUCCAUGUGCUAUCUUCUGGGCAAUUAAUUGGUUGUUAUGCUUAUAUUUAUAUAUUUUCUCUCUAAUUAUGUGUACAGUGUCUCUUAUAUACCAGUUAUUAGGUGUUCUAUUACAUCAUGGAAUUUGACUUCAUUGUAAUUCCUCGUUAAUUGUUCAAAGGUUGCAUUUGAAGCAAUCUUCUCCAAGUGUUUACUUCAGACUUUAAUCUUCACUUACUAAGACUCGGGAAAACUAGGUGAUAUUCUUAAUUUCAUCAUCCUCUUAUUCAUUUUUAA